AGAAAGUUGGUAUGGUGGCCACUAUAAAUAAACUUAUAACAUCCUUAUCUUGUUUGUUGACUGGCAGGCAAAAUGAGUUUGGAUGGUGGCCAUGGUGCAUAGACUUAUAACCUCCUUAUCUCAUUUGUUGACUGGCGGGCAAAAUGCUCUACAGCUUCAAGAAAAAGGAAAGGAGGGAGAAAGAGUUAGUCAACCAAAUCAGGGAGGAAGAUGAGGAUUACAAAAUUGAUUUCCUGAGGAGGAGAAAAAUUAACUGUGAAACUAAUAAAGCCAAUAACGGGGACAAGUAGAAGCUCUUUCUGGCCAAUCAAGCAAAAUUUCAUGCUGAGGCGGAAAAGAUCUGGAAGGCAAUUGCAGAGCUUAUCCCUUGUGAUGUGCCAGUGCUAGAGAAGAAAAAAAGGGGGAAGAAAGAGGAGAAGAAGUCAUUGGUUCUUAUAAUCCAGCGCCCAAAACAUGGGAAGCCUGCUGAUCUAUCAAGAAUGCGCCAGAUACUGCUGAAGCUUAAGCACUCCCCACCUGAUCCACACAUGAAAUCCAUCCUUGCAGCAGCUCCUACUAUGCCGUCUAAUGAUGUUAAAGCAGCUGCAGCCCCUUCAGCCAACAGUGAAAUGUAG